UGCGUGUGUCACUGUCAAAAUCUGUCAUUGAGAUUUUUGCAAAGUUCAAAUUGAAAAAUAAAAUACGAAAUUCACAUUUUAUCAUGUUGCUAAGCAUUAUUAGAGUUAUUAUAAAAUUAUUUGAAAAAGCGUUUUUGUGAUACGCCCAAAAAUUCAUUUGUAGGCCGAGUGGCAUGGUUAGUUAUCUAAUCAUGAAACGGAUUUUAUUUUUACGUUUUAUUUUCUAGUUUUGGACUUGUUUUGGAGUCCAAAACAUUAUUUAUUUCUUCCAAAAGAUGCUAGAAAAUUCUCAUAUACAUUCCUGAAGAUUCAACUAGAAAAUUUCUGUGUUAACAUUAUAGUUCAGGUUAGGUUGUAAUCAUGUCUGACGAUUCAAAAGAUGUUAUGAGAGACACCUGGGCUCGGUAUUUGGGGUACUCCAACGAGGUGGGCGAGUCGUUCCGAGCGAUAGCUCCGGUCAAGCUUGUUCGCGCGAGCUACGGUCUGGCAUUUGCGUACGUCCUGGCCGAUACUGCGGACAAAGGAGUUCGGAUGUUAAUGAGCGGAUUCGGUGGAUUAUUACAGAAAGAUGGCCGCCCCAGAAAUGUCAUGAUAGCCACCGGAGACGCUCUCAUUUGGCAGACGCUAGCGUCCAUUGUGAUACCAGGGAUUACGAUUAACAGAAUAUGCGCAUACUCAGGCCGUGCCCUAUCAAAGUACCCAAAAAUUCCUGGAGCAGUCCGUACCUGGAUGACAGUUGGCAUCGGCCUCGCGUCCAUUCCCUUCAUAGUGGUGCCCAUAGAUAUUGGAGUCACUUUUCUGAUGAACCUGACUUAUAGGCGCUGGGUCCCUACUGACGAUUGAGGGGGCAUUUGACGUGAGACCUAUGUCAUUGGAGUGAGUAAAUUUUGAACGCCUACAACUUUUUUUAGAGCAAAAUGUUUCAGGAAUGAGUGAAAUUGUUCAACGUCUGCUAAAUUGUCACUAGCAAAUUAACAGUUUUGUAAUUUUGCAGCAAAAUUUUUGUAAGGUAUAUGCAAAAUCCUCAAGUACCUAUUUAAAGGUUCUAAAAUGUCUUAAAGUUACUGUUUAUUAUAUUUUUUCUAGAUAUUUGAGCCUAAAAGAACUUGGUGCUCUUGAAUUACCUAUUUAUAUCAAAGUAUUUAUAAAAUUACUAUAAUUUUGAAUUGUUUAAACAAACCUUAAACAUAUUUAUUUACUUUUGUAAGCAAGAUCGAACCCUGACUACCUUCUUAAAAUUGCUGAAUCUGAUUAUUACUUCUACAAAUUAUGAUGAAAUCUCAAAAAAUCGAAUCUUGUUGCUUAUUUCGAGUUGGAUUUUUUUGCCAUUGUAAAACCUAUUUUGUCUAAAUUUUUAAGUAGUAGUAUGUUAUUAUUUAAUAGUGAUACUUUACAAUAAACAACAGAAUCUAUAAGAAUCUCUGUCCAAAAUCUUUGUAACUGGUUGUCAUGUUUUGUUAAAUACUCAUAGAAACUUAGUCAUUCCUUUUUUU